AUGGCCGUGGCAAAGGGCGCAGCGUCUUCUGCGGCACCCUUAGCCCUGGCGCUUGCCCUCUUAAGCCUGGCCCCGGCGCUCACUUUGGGAGGAUGCCCGUCGGCUUGCCGGUGUUUCGUUGCCAUGCUGCAGUGCUCGGAGCCCGAUGGGAUCGCCAGCAUCCCGGCUCUGGCGGCGCAAGAGAGCGAGAAUGUGACAGAGAUUUACAUUGAAAACCAAGCAGGCCUGGAAAAUAUCACAGAACUCGAUUUGGGUAACUACAAAGAGCUAAAGAAUCUAACCAUCACGUCAUGCAAGCUGAGGCUCAUCGCCGCCAACGCCUUCCAGCACAACCCCAAGCUGCAGUAUGUGAACCUGGCGUCAAACUCUCUGGAGCACAUUUCCUGGAGGGUGUUUCAUUUUCUACCCUUGCUAAACCUGGUCCUGCUGGACAACCCCUUGCUUUGCUCAUGUGACCUCCACUGGCUGCAACACUGGCAGCGAAGCGACCGCGGCGACCUGGACAACCAGAUGUUGACUUGUCUGUCCAGCGGACAAGAAGUUGUGCUCAACACUUUGGUCAUAGACAACUGCAGUCUGCCGGAGGUGACCAUUCUGCCCUCCAACAACAAGGUUCAAGAAGGAGGGAACCUGACAUUUGAGUGUCAUGUCACAGCAAGUCCCACCCCUCAAGUGAGAUGGCGAACGGAGGCUCUCCACUCCCGCUUCAUUGUCCAGGAGAGGAUCUGGGGCUCCACGCUGGAGGUGGUCCUCUACCUCACCAACGUCUCGUCCAGGGACCACCUGCACAACCUGACCUGCGAGGCUGAGAACCAAGCUGGUCCCGGGGAGGACAUGGUGCAACUGGACAUCGAGUUCGGUGCCAAAAUCCUCUACCUGCGGGACGCCGUCUCUCAGCACCACUGGUGCUUCCCCUUUGCCGUGGACGGCAACCCGGAGGCGAACAUCAGCUGGCUGUACGAGGGCAAAGAGCUGACAGAGACGACCUACGUGUACACGCAGAUCAUCCCCGACUCCACCGACGGCUCGGAGAAGCACGGCUGCCUCUUCCUCAACAAGCCCACCCACAUGAACAACGGCCAAUACACUCUGUUGGUGACAAACAGGCUGGGGAGGGACAAUGCCACGGCCAACGGGGAUUUUAUGGACAACCCCUUUGACCCGUUUGAUCCGGAGGGGAUCAUUCCUGUCCUCAAUGUGGAUCCAAUUCCCACAAACAAAUCCGACAUGGACGUCACAGAGAACCUGGAGAGUCGAGUGUUUGUGGUGUCUGUGGCUGUGGGUCUGGCGCUGUUUGCCUGCGUCUUCCUGCUCGUCACCGUGUUGGUUAUCAACAAAUGUGGCCAAAACUCCAAGUUCGGUAUACACCGCUCGUCCGUGUUGGGCACCGAGGACGACCUGGCCGUGUCGCUGCGGUUCAUGAACUUCGGAACCAGCCCGCCUUCCUCCGACGAAGACUCGGGCCUGUCGAGCUUCGUGGAGAACCCGCAGUACUUCUGCGGCAUCAUCAAGGACAAAGACAUGUGUGUGCAGCACAUCAAGCGCCAGGACAUCGUGUUGAAGUGGGAGCUGGGCGAAGGCGCCUUCGGCAAAGUCUACCUGGCCGAGUGCGCCAACCUGAGCCCCGACUGCGACAAGAUGCUGGUCGCCAUCAAGACGCUGAAGGACGCCAACGAGUCCACCCGGCAGGACUUCCAGAGGGAGGCGGAGCUGCUGACCGUGCUCCAGCACCAGCACAUUGUUCGAUUCUACGGCGUGUGCACCGACGGAGAGCCGCUGGCCAUGGUGUUUGAGUACAUGAGGCACGGCGACCUCAACCGCUUCCUACGCGCUCACGGCCCCGACGCUCGCAUCCUGGAGGAGUCAAAGAUGCCGCCGCUGGGCGAGCUGACGCUGCCGCAGAUGCUGCACAUCGCCGCCCAGAUCGCCUCGGGGAUGGUCUACCUGGCGUCUCUGCACUUCGUCCACCGCGACCUGGCAACACGCAACUGUCUGGUGGGAGAAGGCCUGGUGGUCAAGAUCGGAGACUUCGGCAUGUCCCGGGACAUCUACAGCACAGACUACUACCGGGUGGGGGGUCGCACGAUGCUGCCCAUCCGCUGGAUGCCCCCGGAGAGCAUCAUGUACAGGAAGUUCACCACGGAGAGCGACAUCUGGAGCUUCGGCGUGGUGCUCUGGGAGAUCUUCACCUACGGCAAGCAGCCUUGGUACCAGCUGUCCAACAGCGAGGCCAUCGAGUGCAUCACGCAGGGCCGUGAGCUGGAGCGACCCCGUACCUGCCCCAAGGAGGUGUACCUGCUGAUGCAGGGAUGCUGGCAGAGGGAGCCCCAGCAGAGGAUGGUCAUCAAGGACAUCCACGGCCGUCUGCUCGCCCUGGUCAAGAACCCCCCCGUCUACUUGGACAUCCUGGGUUAGUGGGGGGGGGGGGCACUGUGUGUCAAAUGUUUACUGUUACCGAAGUGAUGAAAGGAUGGGGGGCCACACGUGCGUUCAUGGAGCAGUGAUGGCGGGUCAGCUGGAGUUGCUUUUAGCUGGGACUGAAGCCCCCGCAGGCUUGGAGUGGAACCACACCUCCACAAGGGGGGGAUUUUUACACAGCAGACGCUCUGAUUUUCAACAAAGUUUUGAUAUGACUGACUAUUUAAGAGGUGUGCAGUGCGUAGCGUAACGUGGGUGUCACACCACGACUAUUUUUUAACUUACACGGACAAAUAUUAGCAGAAUGUGUCCCGCCUUUGACCUGUAAUCACGUUUGCUGUCAAAUUUCUUGUAUUUGUUGGACUCAAACUCACAAGUCUUUUACCGUAUUUCCUCUAAUAGUGGCCUCCGCACGACUUAAGACGAUUAGUGCCUUCCUCCCCGCCACGAGGGCAAGAAACCAGGCGCUAACCGGCAACCGCGGUUCCAGGACGCAUCAUCCCGUUGCUAACCAAAACAGCAGCACCCGCUGAGGCAUGCCAACCGUCUCACAGACUCAUUAAAGGUCCCCGAUUUUGUAAAGGUGACUUUUUAAAUAUGCUCCCACAGUAAAAUGCGUCAGCGGAGCUUGUUUAUGAGCGCCAAGCGGGAGAAAAAGCCGUCACCUCCCUCACCUGCUUGCUUUACAUUAACACAAGAGGCACUCAAACGCUCACUUUUGAAGGAAAAACCUCCUUCCUUGUGGCCUCUGACGCACCCUAACUAGACGAGCCCAUCCCAUAUAUAUGCACAUCACUUUGUAAAAAGCCCCCCCCAAAAACACAGGCUUCGCUACACAUCUUAAACUAAAGCUCUGCCAACUAUCCGUCAGUCAGGUAAUGACGUGGGAGCUGUCAGUUUAACCCUGUUGUUUUUCUUCAGCAAAUAUGCUAGCCUAGCAUGAUGUGAUGUAGCAUGUAGCAUCUCAUAGCUACGCUAGCGUUGCUAACGCCUUCAUGUUGCUACGUUGUAUGUCACGUCUGACGUCUACUCCCUUAUGCCAAGUCGCCGUAAACACACUCAGCUCGAUGGUGGCCGUGCUUUUCAACCAAACUUGCUCCAAUUUGACGCUGUAGGGAUUCUGUGGAAAAAUUUCAAGUCAGUUUCGACUUCCGGGAGUCAGACUUUGAGGUGUAAUAACAGCGCCACCGUGCGGUGUGUUUGUCAGAGACAUAAUAGCACAGGCAACACCGUCGGGGUGCAAGUUUUGACACAUUUUCACCCUUUUUUGUGCAGCGGUUCGAGAGCAGACACGUUACGUGUGCUUGUUUGCUCAUGACUGUAUAUUGAUUUAACACGGGGGUGUCCAAACGUGCUCCAGCGAGGGCCACAUCGGGAAAAAUCAAAGGAUGCAACUUCGAUAUUUAGUCAAGCAACACAUGUAGGUUGUAUGCUAGCAAGUUCUGGAGCUUUCAUCUCAGCUUUGUCACACGGCUGAAAAAGACUAUUAGUAUCGACUUUGCUCUUUUUUUCCCCAAUUUGCUGUUUUUGGGGGGGUUUUUUACACUUUCCAAAUAUUUCAACUUUCUUCUUAAAUAAUCUUUGUACAAUAUUUGUUUUUUUAAUAUUUGGACUUUAUUCACUUUU